AAAUUUAUCAGUGACCCCACCGUUCAGUCUUACUUGUGCAAAGACUGGGUGCUUAAGGUGGGCCAAUUGUUUUUAAGAUGCUUCUUUCCAAAGGCAAAGCUGUCUUCAGAAAAAGUUUUUUGACCAUGUGGAUCGCGCAGACGCUAAUUUCAAGAAGCUGAGGAUGUGCAGCCAGGGAUUGGUUGUCCUACAGACAUAAACUGGCCUAGAGAAAUAAAGCUCCGCAACCAAUGCAGCGCCUGGGCACGCGGGAUUGGUGGCCUCGGCCGUGACGUAACCCGGGCGGGCGGAGUCGGUUUGCGACGGUGGCCUUGGGUCCGGGCCGACAGAAGAGCGAGGGGACCGGCCGCCUGCUCUUCGCCACCCGGGAAGGUUUCCUCCGGACGUGAAUCGCCCGCGUCUCCGAGCCUCCGCACGGGAUCCGACACCGGCAGCCCCACUCGCGGCAGGACUCCCCGGCGUGCUGGCGGCUGAGGACGCCGAGCUGCUCAGGAUGCGGAGGGGAGCGCGGCCGGGCCGCCGCGGCCUCGUCCCCCGGGCCUGAGCGCGCCCGCACCGCCGGAGGUCCCGGAUCCCCGGCCUGCGGCCAUGAGUGCUUUGUGAGUCGACGGCUUGGGAGUCGGGGCCGAGACCGCGGGAGGUAAUGCUGGCUCCGUUUUGAGUGGCCUGGGGAGAGUGAAGAAACCCCAAGAUGGAGGACUUUUCUACCAGGACCUACGGCACCGGGGGCCUGGACAACAGACCUCUGUUCGGGGAGACGUCGGCCAAGCAGGUUCCUUUGUAAGAUGGUUACUCCUGCUGUACAACUGAGGAAGCUGAACAGGAAAGCGGGCUACUUGUUUUGUCACACAACUAGCUUUCUGGAUCGAAUCAUCAAUUUAGUUGUUGGCAGCUUAACAUCCUUACUGAUUCUAGUAACGCUGAUCAGUGCUUUUGUUUUCCCUCAACUACCUCCAAAACCACUGAAUAUAUUUUUUGCUGUCUGCAUUUCUUUGAGUAGUAUUACUGCCUGCAUACUUAUCUACUGGUAUCGACAAGGAGACUUAGAACCGAAAUUUAGAAAUCUAAUUUACUAUAUCUUAUUUUCUAUCAUCAUGUUAUGUAUAUGUGCAAACCUGUACUUCCAUGAUGUGGGAAAGUGAGGCUGCCAAGGAGAAAUCCUUACCAGGUCUUUUCAAAGCUGUAUGUAUUAGGACUGUGAAGAGAAGCUGGAUAAGGGCUGGUGAAGAAUUCCUGCAGACAUCUGGUACAUGAUUUUCAUGUUAACUGUAAAUCUAAAUCCCCUCUUGUGGGGUAAACAUAUAAUAAACGACCUUGCUUAUUCUUUAA